AUGCUGCUCGAUCUCUAUGAAAUACUAGAAAUCCAUCUGUCUGCCUCCGAUGGCGAAAUCAAGAAGGCGUACAGAAAGUUGGCCCUUCGAUACCAUCCUGACAAAGUCGAAGAGCAUGAGCGAGAAGAAGCCGAAUUGAAAUUCAAGGAGAUUUCACAUGCCUACGAGGUUCUCAGUGAUGAAGCCAAAAGACUGGACUACGACUUGUAUGGCUCUACAGACGGUAUGCCUGGCAGCUCUGGCGCGGGUGGCUACAGCAGCAAUCCUUUUGAUCAUGCUUACAGUUCGCAAGAUUUCCAUCCCGAUGACUUCUACAAUUUUUUCAGUAACAUGAACACUGGUGGUCCUACGCCUGGUGGUAGAGGUCCCCAACCUCUGCAGAGAACCGAGGACGCAAGAAUUGAUGUGGAUAUAACCUUGGAGGAUUUGUACAAGGGCAAAACAUACAAAAUAACGUCUUCUCGUAAUAUCAUCUGCACUACUUGCUCGGGGACUGGAGCUCGUAAGAAGGCGAUGCAUAAAGAAUGUGCUGCUUGUAGUGGGCAGGGUUAUACUGUUAAGAUCAAGCGUGUUGGUCCUGGCCUCGCGUCUAAAUUUCACGUUACAUGUGAAACUUGUGACGGCGCGGGCAAAAUUAUCCGUCCCAAGGAUAAAUGUAAGGCAUGCGCUGGUUCUAAAGUUGUUGAAGAGACCAAGAUCUUGGAGUUCGAAGUGGCUCCAGGGUCCCAGGAUGGUGAAAGCAUUGUUUUGAAUGGUGAGUCGGAUCAAUACCCGGGUAAACUGACCGGUGAUGUUAUUCUUACAGUCCAUUGUAAGCCACAUGAUGUAUUCACCAGAAAAGGUGAUGAUUUGUACAUCAAGCACAGAAUCACGUUAGUGGAAGCCCUUUCGGGUUUUUCAAAGGUUAUUGCCGCAAAUCUCGAUGGAAGGGCAAUUCAUGUAACAACUACGAAAGGUCAGGUUAUUCGUCCUGGCGACUUCCUACGAAUCCCAAAAGAGGGAAUGCCUGUCAAGCAAGCAUCUCUGUGGUUUAGUCUGGCCCAGAAAAAGGGAGAUUUGUACAUUGCAAUUGAUAUCGAAUUCCCGCAAGAUAAUUGGUACUUGGAGAAAAAUGAUCUCGUCAAGCUACUGAACCUUCUUCCUACCGAUCUCGCUGAUAAAGUCCAAGCAAACAAACAGCAAGUACCUGUGGAAACACUCAAUGGCGCAAACAUCGAAUAUGUCACUGAUUACAAAAUUGUACAGAAGAGUGGUCUUCCCCACUACGAGGCUGAUGAGCCACAACCUGAACAACCUGACUAUUCCAGCCAGGAAUAUUCCACUGAAUGUGCUCAACAGUAA